AUGACUCAAAGGAAGUAUGUUGGGUCAGAGUUACCAGCAAAUAUGAAAGACUUCCUCAGGAUCAACGGAGAUUUGUUUCUCAGGGGAGCAAAAGGUUUGCUGAUGAAAUGUGUUUCAAGGCAAGAGGGACUGACAUUGAUGCACAGAUUUCACUAUGAUAUUUGUGGUGUAAAUCUCGAUGUCAACCUCUAUAGAAGAUUGCAAAGGUUAGGGAUCUUCUGGCCAGAAAUAGCCAAUGAUGCUAAAGAAGAACAGCAAAGUUGUAAGACUUGUUCUGUUAUUCCUCCGGAUCAAGUAGAAGUGCUUAAUGGCAAGUUUCUGGGAGAAGAUUGGCAGGAUCCAUACUUGAAAUACCUCUUGCAAGGAAAUGACCGAGCUGAGGCCUCUAACAAAAGAUUACUGAAGAUAUUGGGAAAAAUGACCAAGGAGAAUGGAAAUGGGUGGAAGGAGGAGCUUCCUACAACUCUGUGGGCUUAUAAAAUAGCCAAAUCACAAGCUUCAAGAGCUUCACCCUUUUCUCUAGUCUAUGGCACAGAUGCUGUUAUCCCAAUAGAUUUAGUAGGGCCAGCGGUGAAACUGGCAGAGAUUGUAGGAAUACUCUAA